AAGUAGGUUGACAGUGGCCUUGGAUGACCGAGAUUCUCAGGCCGUGGCUGUCUGGCGCAUCUUCAGUUCACCUCACACUCAGGGUUCCUUGGGAAGGAGGUUCUGGAGCCGCGGUCCACCAUUAGGACGAUGAUUGUCAGGUUGCUCUUGGCUUUUAACUUCUUCCCCUCAAUUCAAGGAACAGAAAAUAAGAUUUUGGUGAAGCAGUCUCCCAUGCUCGUGGUGCAAAACAACGAGGUCAACCUCAGCUGCAAGUAUACGUACAACCUCUUUUCGAAGGAGUUCCGGGCAUCCCUUUAUAAGGGAGCAGAUAGUGCUGUGGAAGUCUGUGUAGUGAAUGGGAACUUUUCACAUCCACGUCAGUUUCAUUCCACUACGGGGUUCAGCUGCGAUGGAAAAUUGGACAAUGAAACAGUGACUUUCUUCCUCAAGAAUCUGCACGUUAACCAAACAGAUAUUUACUUCUGCAAAAUCGUGAUCAUGUAUCCUCCUCCUUAUAUAGACAACGAGAAGAGUAAUGGAACCAUCAUCCAUGUGAAAGAGCAACAUUUUUGCCCAGCUCACCUAUCUUCAGAAUCAUCAACGUUCUUUUGGGUGCUGGUGGUCGUUUGUGGAGUCCUGGCUUUCUACAGUAUGCUGCUCACAAUUAUUCUUUUUUCUUGCUGGAUGACAAGUAAGAAGAAUAGGCUCCUUCAGAGUGACUACAUGAACAUGACCCCCCGCAGGCCUGGGCCCACCCGCAAGCACUACCAGCCCUAUGCUCCAGCACGAGACUUUGCAGCCUAUCGCUCCUGACACGGACGCCUAUCCAGAAGCCAGCCGGCUGGCACCCCUUCACCUGCUCACCAACACUGCUCUGGAUAGGAAAGAAUUGCCUCAUCUUCAGCCGGCCAUCGUGGGUCCCUGUUAGGCCACCAAUGUCAAUUUUUCCUAAGUGACUAGACCAAGGCGCAAGAUCGUUCUGAAACUCUAAAAUGAAAUCAAGGAAAUUUGCCAUAGUGGGCUCUGUCAUAGCGGCAGGGCCGUGAUCCAAAUUCAAACUUACCAUGUAUUUAUUGAUAUCAAGAAAGAAAAGUGGAUUCUGUUAGCCUUAAAAUCUGCUUCCAAGCUGCUGACUGGGUCCAGUUCUUGCCUCAUGCACCUGAGCAUCUCAGUCAAGCAAAAUGCAAUAGUCAAAGACAUUUUAGGUGGAGAAGGGCUAGACUAUCCCUCCCCUGUUAAGUGGGUAUUUUGGGUGGGUUAGAUUAGAGUGUGGGCUUGGUAGGGAGACUGAAAUAUUUUAAAACUGUUAAAACACUGUCUGUCAUUCAUGAAAUGAGCCAUUUUGUUCAUUUUUAGUGCUUCUACCCCCAUUAUCUCACAUUAGUUUAGAGAUAUAGACAUUGCUUUUGCUGAGCUCUAAUUGAGUUUAGUAAUCUUGGCCACUGAUUAUCCCUUUAAAGUAACAUUAGGCAAACCAACUUGCCUUCCUCACACCUGAGAUGGGAAUUCAGCAUUCAUAUUCAUGGCAUGAUUGCCAAAGAAUAAAUGCAUCCUUCCACAUCAAUAAGAGUGUGUGAAGAAAUAAGGUCACUUUAUGGCAAACAUAUUUGAAUACUAUAAAGGAUAACUUGCUCGCUAGAUCAUUCCAUUCAAGUCAUAGGGUGAUGUCUGUGCUUCCUGUUUGCACAGUUGGUUUCUUCAUUGCGUGGGUGGAGAUUUGAAUGGGAUGUGGAGAGAAUGUCCACUAGGAAAGUGUUAAGCUUGUGAAAGAGAUGUUCACAUUCACUGGGGCAUGAGGAAUGAGUUCUGAGAAACUUCCUGUGAAGUAGAGAGAUCAAAAGGAAACAGCAUGACGUUUGGCAUGUGCUGAGGAGCUGGCCAGCCUUGGGAGGAAGUUCCCAAAGACAUUAGGCAUUAGGCAGAGGGAUCUGUGGGGAGAAUUCCUUGACAGGAAUGUUCCGUGCUUGGAACUCAGAGCUCCAGAACCCCAUGUUUGUUCCUGAAAGCUGUAUGGCCACUGAUACGGACAAGUAUUUUGGAGCAUGUCUUUUGAGACCCUUCAAAGUCCUCAAGAGACUACAGGGCCUGACUCUGGAAGGACUGUGGAUAUUUUGUUGCCUCUGAUUUGGGUCAACUGAAUCAUGGCCAAGGGAUCUUGAAGAAAGACUCUACUGCACCUUUACAGUUCAUCCAGUGCUCUGGUUAUUCAGGCAUUGAGGAGCUUUGGUUCUAGAAGCUGGUAGACCAUGUUCAUGUCCUGGUACUAGUUGAAUGUCUUCAGGCAAAUCACUUGAUGUUUAAGACCGUGCUUCUAUAACUAAACUAGAGGCAAAUGAUCACAAAUGUCUGUUCAUGGACUACAAUCUCUGUGAGGACACAGCCCAAGUCUGUCUUUGCUUUGCUCAUCUCUGGCAUUUCGCCUCAUGCCUGACAUGUAAUGUUAGCUGUGAAUCUUAUUGCCAUAUAGAGAAAUUUUUCACAAAAAGUAAACUGGGCAAUAAUCUAAGAAGUGAUUGUAAUGCACAUUUAAACCCACUACGAAGGGAUGAGGUGCUAAAAGUAUGAAAACCUCUUCAUUUUCAUCAUUUUCCUGUUUCUUAGAAUAUCUUAUAACAAAUUGUAGGGCAUUUCCUCCUUACUUCUUUGUAUAUAAAAAAAAGCCUUAGAACAUUUUUCUAAACAUGGGGAGGAGGAGAUGGGUUGGAAUCUUAUUAUUUCAAACAGAAAAUGCUGUACUCAGUUGAUUUUCAAAUGGGCUUCCAUUUCAUGAAUUUGAUUAAAUUCAAAGAAGGUCAAAUGCAGCAGUACUUGGGAGAUAAAGGACUGCUGAAUAUACAGCAGCCCUUGUGCUACUGCUAGGCUCUUGGCAUACCAAGUUCUUCUAUCUAACUUAUCAGAUUGUAUUUUAAAAUGACAAAGCUGGAGAGUUUUUAGAAAGGACAGUAUCAAAUAAAUAAAUAAACUUGAAAAAAAAUGGAAAGAUUUGAUCUUUGGUAGUAAGUGGUUUUCUUUUCUAACUGGAAAAGUGGGUUUACUAAAGAUGAAUCACACUUGAGAUUUUUCUUACUCACUCUGAACAGGACCAAAGUAGAAAUAUUAUCUAGGGAAGUCCAUUUUCACUAUUAGUGUGAAGAAAGAAAUGGCUUAAAAACAGUGGUUAGAGCAAUGCUUUUACAGUUUCAGAUAUAGUAAUUAUGAAGAAAACAAUGUCAUUUGCUGCUAUUAUUAUUCUAACAGUCUUACUGGCAUUCCUAUACUUUUUGAUUGUGAGCUGAACUGUCUUGGGCUGAGCAUGUCAAGUUAAGGAGACCAAGUGUACAUUAUAUUUCGUGUAUUCAGUGAUAAAAUUGCUAAAUUAC